AUGACUGCUAACAAGGCUCAGAAGAAAUAGGAAGCGGAUAUGACUGCUUCAAGAAAACAGGAGAGAAAUUUCUGCUGACACUGGUGUGCUGUUUGUUGUUAGCAAACUUUGGAGACUUUUAAAUACACCUGAAAAGUAAAUCUAAAAUCUAUUGGUGCUGUUGAGGAUCGCUGUUCUGAGGCGCUAAAAGAGGGUCUGGAAAGAUGAAAUUGUACGUCUUUGCUGUCCUGUUGUGGGUUGGUGUCUUUGCAACCGAAAUGAGGGAACGGAAUGAAAAGGUGAAUAUUAGGUCCAAUUCUAUCGAGAAUAAGAAAUUACGAACUGUAUCACACCAUAACGAGGAGUCACCGUUUCCUCGACAUCUGGACAUCAACUCCUUGAGAAAUAUGCCUCUAAUUGUUCUGCAGCCAAACACUCCUAUACGUUUCCAGCUCCUACCCGGAGACAACUUAUCUAACUUGCAGAAAUCUUUGAAUCCUAACAGAAUUAUGGAACUUUUGAAAUCUGCAACAUCCAGUUUGCCAACAAGCGUAUCCAAUCCACUCCCGAGACAGACCAGAAGACAAAACAGAAAUAUGAAUCUGGCAGCAAAUCACCCAUAUCAAACAACUGUGACGUUACCUUCCAACAAUCAUCAAAGCUUCUCCCACAGAUUUCAGAAAAUACCUGUGAACCAAGAACCAAGAUCUCUCCUUAGUCCUUCAACAGAUGGUUGGUUUCACAGAUUCAAAAACUCGUUUUCCAAUGCUUUACCAUUAAAUAAACCCCAGCAUGCGAAUUUUUUUCACACGGCAAUGCCGUCGACUAAUACCCCAGUUUUUUAUCCAUUCACAAAUCCGCUUAAUGGGGCACUGAAUCAUUACCCAGGUGUAAAUCAACAGAUUCAAUCACAUCAUUUUGGAAAUAUCAGGAGACCCUUCCAACCCCCAAUUAUGGAUUUUUCGAGUGCUGCAUCUUAUGUUCACCCAACUAGAAUAUUUUAUGGAAAUCGCCCCGCGUUUAAUCCGUUUAGGCAUAAUGUAAUACCUCAACAAUAUUUUGGGGGUAAUAUAGCGAUUCCACAUUUAAAUCCCAUUCGCCAUCGAAUUCCACAUCCUAUGCAUUACAACUUUGCCCGGUACGUUUCUUCUGUUCCACGACACAAGCCUCUGUUUAAUAACGUUGAAGGUCUUCAAGCUGCCAGCUUAGAAAUUAGCAAUGCUUUUGCUGAUUUCGCAGAUUCCCCAGAACACGGACCUGAAGUUAAUCAGCGGUUUGGAUCCGUUGGACAUUCCAUCAAUAACUUUUUGAAAAUGAUGGGUCUUGGAGCAUCUGAUGGAUUUACUAUGGAUGAUGGUGGUGGAUUUGGAGGAGGUGCAGACUUAGCAGCUAUGGAUUCUGUUCCGCGAGCAAGAUCUUUGGAUUUUUAUCCAGGUUACGGCAAUCAGGCUCAUUUAGAUGACAUAGAAGAUUUUCCGAUUUUUCACGAAGACAUCACCGAACAAUUUAAAAUUAAAAUGAACUUAACCAAUACCACAUCAAGCAUAAGUCUGAAGAAAGAAGAUGAGAAGAAAACAAAUGAUAUGAAGAAAGUACCACUCAUGACAGUAAAGCCCGGAAUGGAAGACGAAAUGAAAAAGAAACCCGAAGUAAGUGCUAAAGAUCAUAAAAACAUGAAAUCUUCUAGUGAUAAGGAAAUCUUAAAAGAUGUGAAAAUAUCUACAAUGGGAAAUACAUCAUAUGCUCCUGCAUUACCGUUAGGAACAAUUAGACCCGAAAAAUCCCAUACGGCGAAUAAGGAUAAUAAGAUAAAUGAAACCCAAGGGCCAAAGCAAUCGAGUAUAAAUUCAGAAAAGCCAACUGUUAAUUAUAAAGUGCCCCUAAUGCAUCCAACAGUCGCACCUCAGGAUCGAAAGCUUCCGAUUGCAAUUUACCGGAAUUUCCAAACAAAACCCAAGCCCGAUGCUUCACGAAAAUCACCAAAACAACCUUCCUAUGCACCAGCUCAGUCGCUUCCUCAUCCACCAGAAACCGAGGCUGAUCCAAAUAAGCUAGUUGAUGACGAUGUUGGUCGUUUGUGGCUUCCAGUAACCAGUAGUCAUGGAUAUGUAGAAAAACGACCUUUGCCAGUCAUCAGUACUAAUGAAAAUUCAAAUCAACCAGCUGGUUUGAGGGUAUUACAAACGGUUCUGAGGAAACUUCCUUAACGCGAUUUGUCGCAAAUAUAACCCAGUUUGUAUUUAUUUGAUGAAAUUACAUGCGGGAAACGUGCAAUUUUGUCCUCUACUUAAAUUUAAGAAUGCUAUUAUCAGCUCACUGAAGUAUAUUAAGGAAACUAUUUUAUGAAAUAUUCAAUGUCCAGUGAAAUCGUACACAAUAAUUAAAAACUUUAAUACUUUAUACUUCUUUUCCAUUGGCCAUUGUAUGUCAAUAGAAAUAGUUUGUAUUUUAAAUUAAACGCUUGAUAGUUGAGAAUUAAAAAAAUAAUAUAUACAUCAUGCAGCUGGCACUAAACAAGAUAGACAAGAAUUCGGUGUACUUCAUAUCAGUGACAAGACUCAUAUUAGUGUUGGGUUACGAUUCCCCAAAAAAUCUGAUGUGUAGAUAGAUACAUGUAAUCGCAUGCUUCUUCAUUUUUUUAUUGUAUAUGAAAUAUUUUUGCAAUAGUUUUACCUGUACCCAAAUUUCAGAGAAUGGAACAUGAAAGGGAAAAAAAUCUGGAAUGAUUUCUUUUAUAAUUAUUAGCUAUGAUGUCUUUAAAACGGCUGUAAUUGGGGUUAAUAAAUCCAUAUAGAAGAUUAAUAGUAGACAUAUUUUCAUGUACGAAAGAAAAUGUCUGUAGAGCUGGAAUGAAAAAAGACUACUGAUAAUUGUAAUUACAAAGAAACUAAGAUACUAUCUGAAAACCGAAUAAACCGAUAAUUCCUCAGAAUUGUUCAGAUUUUGUGGUGUCUGGUAGAAACAUUCAUUGUGUAACACUCUUUCUUGUGCGAUUUUUGGAUUUUAUUUAAUGUCAAACAGUAAAGGAAUGCUUUCACAAUAUGGCGUUGUGACAAAGUCGUGUGCCUCAAAUAGUCGUGACAGCUGAGAAGUUUGGCAUUUUACUAUUAGCAGAAAGCAUCUAUUAUUAGUUUCUACUAUUAAAAGACUUUGAGUGGACUUAUGUAAAUUUAGUUUCCCUAAUAACUCGCUAGACAGUGGAUCUUAAAACUGCUGUCAGAGCGAAUUACCUUUAUUUCAACAUGCUUUGCUUCGUAAGAAAAAAAGAUGGUUUUUGGUAGUGAAUCUACCAAGUAAAUCUUCUGAUUGAGUAGGAAUCAUGGCUGCGAAGUGCACAAAUUUUAGCGAGCAGCAAAUUUAUGAUCGUAAAAUGUUAGUUACUGCUAGUUAGGAAAAAACACAGGAUUUUUUUGCUGUGCCAUACACUUUUUACAUUAUUUCUAUCCCUCCAUACACAAUUAAUUAAAAAAAUCUGUCUUACUGAGAGUUCUACAGGUUUAUUGCAAAUCAGACAGUUUUUACCAUUCAGGUAGAUAUAUCAAUCAAAAUGAGGACUCCAUUUUCAGAGAAAUGAAAUCAAACCGUUCUAAACUAGUAUAAGAAGGCAACUUUACAGCAAAAAAUUUGUUAAAGUUUACUGCCUUUCAGAAAUAAAUAAUUAAUAAGGCAAUGCCCCUAUACAUCAUUAUACUUUGAUAGGAAUUGUUACAAUUCUCUUAUACAUCAUUCUACUUUGGUGGGAGUUGUUACAAUUCUCUUAACAGUUUUACAGAUAUUUUGUUUUGGCAAACGCUAUUAUAUAAUUCCGAGGUUUAGUAAGAAUAAAGCUACAUUUGUAUUCCGGAAUAUAUUUUGAGCUUCAUAAAACGCAUAUUUCAUUUUGGACAUUAUGUUAUUAAAUAAAUGUAGAAAAGAAGACAAUUCUUUUCCAGAGCAAUCAGCUUAUUUAAGAUAGCAUACGAAUGUAUCCAUAUGUAAUCAGCAUGAAUAUGAAUAUCGUCAAUCGAUUUCAGUUUUUUUACUUGAAAACGAUAUACAGUAUUUAGUGUAAUCUUCAGUUGGAGAUACUCGGAUAAUUUGGGUACUUGGAGACAUUUGUAAAAUUUAGAUGAUAAGUUUUCUCAUUUAAUUUUGAAGCAAGUUACCGUAUUCUAUUUAUUACCGUUUUAUAACUACUGCCAAAUAAAUAUUUUGCCAAAAGACGCCAGACUUGUAGUUACUCCAAGUGAAGAUUUAUCAGCAUUAAGUAAUUGCUGUGGUUGUGAUUUCUUAUUUGAAGUAGUAUAUAUCAAGUGUUUGUUAUGUCGUUUAUUUAUAAUUUGAUACGCGUUGAGAAUUUUAUAAUAAGCAGUAUUUUUGUCUUGCAAGAGUCUCUUUUGAAGUAAUGUGUAUAUUUGUUAUAUUUGCAACAUUUAAUUUAUCAUAUUUUAUGUCUUUUCUCAUUUUUAUAUCUAAUCUCAAGAAGUUUUUUUAAUUUUUAUUUUUACAUUAGACAUGCAUAUAUAAGUAUAUACGCAUGUGCAUUACACACAUGUAUAAUAUAUAUAUAUUUGCUGGUUUGAUUUAUAUAUGUAUUAGAUGUAAUGUAGUAUGUGCAUGAAGUUUACGUCCCAUUAUUUUUCAAAAAUAUCAAAAAAAAAAAAAAAAAAAAAAGGGAAGGAGAUGCUGUGUUUGAAAUAACAGAUUUUGAAGAUCAUGUUUCUAAAAUGUUCAUUUAAUGUUCAUCAUAAAAACAUUAAUGCUUCAUCACUUUUGAUACUUAUGCUUAAAAAUGAUAAAAUCAACCUCAGAUACCUAAAUGGAUAUUAAAAAAAAAUGUGCUUUUUAAUUUUUUAAUGUUCUUGACAUACCAAAUUUGAAAAAAUUAUUUGUUUCUUGUUAUAAUUUCUAGAGUAAUUCAAGAUUUUGUUGAUAUGUAAAUUAACUGCAUAAUAUACACUAAAUACAGUAGAACUCUAAAUAGUCAAAACAACUGAAAUAAUGGGCCAUUCGAAUUAAAAAAAAUUCUGAAAAGAGAGCUUUUUUUUCUGCAGGCCAAUUAUCACUCUAAAACUUUAUUUAAAGAAGAAUUAAAGAAGAAGAGCAAAAUUUCCUUCUUAAAUAGAAAGUUAAAAAGAAUUUUUGUUAUUACGCUUAUGACAUUUUACGAGCAUUUCAAAAAUAUUUUACAUUCAGUGUAUUUUCAUUUCGAUAAAAUAAAUUACGAAACUCGAUCUGUUUUGAUAAAAUUAAGAAAUCAAGUUUCAAUAAUUCGCUUAAAAUUAAAACUCAU